AUGCCGAGCCGCAGCAGAAGCCGCAGCAGAAGCCGCGGGAGAGACUCUCGAGUCUCCGAAGCAACUUCUUCUGAGGCUCGAACUUCAGAGGCCCGCGAAGAGCGGCGUCGUAAGCGGCGGACUGGUUGGGAUGUUGGUGGCGGUGGCGAAGCAGCAAACCCUGCCGAUCCAGCAGCAGCAGCAGCAAUUGCUGCUGCUGCUGCUUCUCGCAUUAAUUCAGGGACGAUGUACACCCCAGCAUUGGGUGCAGCAGGCAUAGGCCUAGCAGGUCGUUCCCCACAGGCUCCCCACCCAUCA